AUGAACUUCGGCCUUGGUGCCUCACAUUCAGACCCAAACCUUGACUACAUGGCAUACCUACUAUCUGUGGAAUUGCCAAAGCUGUGGGGCCCAUUCACAUCCUCAUGCAUAACCAAGGCAACAAUGGACCUGAUAUCUGGCUGUAUGCUUGAAAGUUACUUUCCCUCCGGCUUUGAUCAUCUAGCUCGCGGGUUCCCCUCAUACCUGCGCAACAAAACAGGUGCUUCGGAGGUGUAUGCGUUCUUCAUCUUUCCGGAGUCACUCUUCCCAGAGUCUGAGUUUCUUGGAUCAUAUGUGCACACGAUCGGUGGGACUAUCGAGAUUACCAAUGCGGUCAAUGAUAUUAUAUCUCAUUAUAAGGAGUCGGUGAUAGGGAACGAGAUGAACGGCCGGAUUGUCAGUGAAGCUAUAGUACAAAGGCGCCAGCCCGUCGAUGUCCUGCUUGAGGUGUGUAGGGAUGCAGGUACAAUGCACGAGCAUAUCAAGCACAAGCUAGGGGAGGCCGAUGAACGACUACUACGGGCGUAUUGCUCUUUUGUUGAUGGUCUGUCAGCUUUCCACAUCUUGAGUGAACGCUACAAAUUGUCUGAGAUCGGCAUCACAAUCAAAAACGGCUUGCUUGUUUGCUAG